AUGGCCAUUGGAACUGUCUUGGUUACCGGUGGUACCGGAUACAUUGGCUCCUUCACCUCCCUCACCCUUCUCCAGAACGGCUACGAUGUGGUCAUUGUCGACAGCUUGUACAACUCCUCCAAGGUUGCCGUCGACCGCAUCGAGCUGCUGAGUGGCAAGCGACCCCACUUCUACCAGGUCGAUGUCACCGACAAGGCCGGCCUCGAUGAGGUUUUCAAGAAGCACCCCGAGAUUGAUAGUGUCAUUCACUUCGCCGCGCUCAAGGCUGUCGGCGAGUCUGGCGAGAUCCCUCUCGAGUACUACCGCGUCAACGUUGCCGGCACUGUCUCCCUGCUCCAGGCCAUGACGGAUAACGAUGUUCCCAACAUUGUCUUCUCUUCUUCGGCGACCGUCUACGGCGAUGCCACCCGUUUCGAGAACAUGAUUCCCAUUCCCGAGCACUGCCCAAUUGGCCCCACCAACACCUACGGCCACACCAAGGCCUUUGUCGAGCAGGUCAUUACUGAUCACAUCAACGCCGAGCGCAACAAGCUGAAGAAGGCUGGCAAGUCCUACGAGCAGUUUAACGGUGCUCUUUUGAGAUACUUCAACCCAUGUGGCGCCCACCCCUCUGGCCUCAUGGGUGAGGACCCUCAGGGCGUCCCCUACAACCUGCUGCCUCUGCUCGGCAAGGUCGCUACGGGUGACCGCGACAAGCUCCUCGUCUUUGGUGAUGACUACGCCUCGAGAGACGGUACCGCCAUCCGCGACUACAUCCACGUUGUCGAUUUGGCCAAGGGCCACUUGAGCGCCCUCAACUACCUCCGCGAGAACAAGCCUGGUGUUAAGGCCUGGAACCUCGGUUCCGGCCGUGGCAGCACCGUCUUUGAGAUGAUCAAGGCUUUCAGCCAUGUUGUCGGCCGCGAUCUGCCCUACGAUGUUGUCCCCAGACGCCAGGGCGAUGUUCUCGAUCUUACUGCCAACCCAUCCCUGGCCAACAAGGAGCUCAACUGGAAGACUGAGGAGACACUGGAGAAGGCUUGCGAGGAUCUCUGGCGCUGGGUCAGCAACAACCCCAAGGGUUAUCGCCAGGACCCUCCCCCUGAGCUCCUUGCCAACGCCAAGCCCACAAGCGGCUAA